CUCGCGACAUUCUUCAACGGAUAUAAACACCUACGGAUCUGAACUGAACUUGACUAGGUGCUUCUUUAUUUGCGUUUUAAGAAUCUACAGCAUUGUACCAAAUUAGCAAACCCAAGUUCACAGCCUCAUGGCGUACAAUCCUUAUGGGCAGGCUCCCUUUGGCCGCCCACCAGGCUUUGGCGCCUUCCCAGGUGCCCCUGGAGCCCCUCCAGGAAUGGGGCCUCCUCCCAGUAUGGGUGGCGCCCCAGGCAUGUCCGCGCCCGGUACCGCACCUCCAGGAAUGAACCAAGCGAACGCCGUGCAAAGCGGUCGACCGAGCGGAUUGCCAGCGAGCUUCCAGGGUCCAACGGUCAUGCCGAAUAUCAACUUCUCCGCGCCCGUUAUACGCCUUGGAACAGGCCCGGCCAAACCAUCUACACCUGUUGGUGGAGGCCCCGGAGGAAGGGAUGGGAGGAGUGAGUCUGCAGGCGGUGGUAGACCGGGACUGGGCGCAGACAGGGGCUUGGACCCGCAGCAGCAACGUCAGGCGCUCAGGGACAGCAUGAUGGCGCUUGCCCCUCCAACGAAGGAGGAGAUUGUUCGCACUAUCUUCGUGGCAGGCAUUACGGAAGGGGCUGGAGGGAAUGAGGGUAUCGAGCGUAUACUGAGCUCUGCUGGGCGACUACGACGCUGGGACAGGGCCAUUGAUUCAGAUGGGAAGGAAUGUUCAUUUGGAUUUGCGCAAUACGAGGAUGCCGAAAGCUUGUCUACUGCGGUUGAAGUUUUAAAGGACAUUGAGAUCCCACUCAAGAAGCAAACACCAGAUUCCAAGGCCAAGAAGGAAGACGGAGACGAUAAAGACGAGCCGGCAAAGAAGAAGCUUCUCGUAUUUGUGGAUGACAACUCUCUAAACUAUCUCGAGAACUGGCACUCCUCCCGAGGCGAUGACCCUGCUGCCGAGCAGUCUCGUCUUGACAAUGCCCGCGCCGCACUCAAAUCUGCGGUAGACUAUCUGUUCAACCCAACCACGCGCGUCGAGACUAGCGACUCCAACGGCGAUGUGAAAAUGCACGACAACGAAGACUCGGGCGACGCUGUGGAAGUAGUCAACAUCCCCCUUGCCGUCGACGACGAGCUCGCCGAUAUCCCAGCCGAGAUGCGCGAAACCGUCGCCAAAGAAAUCACCGCCUUCCGAGACCGUAGCAACCGCAGGGACAUCGAGCGCCUGAAGCGCGAAGAGGAGAUGGAAGCAGCUGAGCGAGCGCGUAACGGCGCUGCCUCUCGUCCAUCACGCCUUGCAUCGCCUGGCCCAGCACCUAGUAGGCUCGGAGGUGAUGCAAACAACAUCCCUCUCGGUCCACGAGACAGGAGCAUCACAAACGCGCCUUCGGGCCCUAAGGGCUCCAACAUCCCACGCGACUACCAAAAGGGUGUUUCGUUUGUCAACGGCAGUGGUACCAAUGGCGCUGCAUCAGGAAACGUCUGGAUUAACCGGGAAGACGAUGAUGAUUCGGCGUCUGACUCGGAGCUCGAACAGCGCCGCGCCUCCAAGCGAGCGGCCGAACUCGAGAAGCAGUACCUUGACCAAGAGCGAAGAUGGCUUAACCGCGAGCGAUCACGAACAGCGGCUGUGGAGCGCGAGAAGGAGCGUGACGAGGGGGAGGAUGCAAAGGCAACUGCGGCCAAGGAGAAGAUGGCGCAGAGACUACGGGAUUGGAAUGACGACGAGCAAGGAAACAAGAGAAUCGAGGAGUACUACUCGGACCGCAGCAUGUGGAACCGUAACCGCGCGGCAUUCAGGGCUAGGGAGGCGGCUGCAGAUGCGGCUGACCGUGCAGACGAGGACAUGGAGAGCGCGAGGGAGAGGAGCGAGAAGGAGGCUGCUAGAGGGAUGGCAGAUAACUUCCUGGACAGACAGGCUGAGGAACUAGGAGCGCGCGAGCCGGCUAGAGCGGCACAGCAACCAUUCAAAUUGAGUCUCGGAGCGGCGGCGCAGAAGGCUCAGAAGGCGACUACGACCCGGCGUACAGUUGCAGAGGUGGAAGGCCUUCUGGAAGACGAGGAGGAUGCUACGCAAACCCAGCGCCGCCAACUUAUCCCGAUCAAAUACGACGCAUUGGCUGACCGAGGCGCUGGCCUCAGCGAUGAGGAGCGCGAGCAGGCUGUCAAGGAUUUGGCGGCUGAGAUCCCUACGGACCGACAGGGACUGUGGGAUUGGACGGUACAGUGGGAGUUUAUGGACGAGAGCACGAUCAAGGAGAAGCUGCGACCAUUUGUGGAGCGCAAGAUCGUUGAGUACCUCGGGGUUCAAGAGCAAACGAUAGUGGAAGUUGUGGAGGAGCACGUGCGGAGACGUGGUGGCGCGGCGGAGUUGGUCGACGCGCUUGAAGGGGCCCUCGAUGAGGAAGCUGAAGUCCUGGUAAAGAAACUAUGGAGAAUGAUCAUCUUCUUCUCCGAGAGCGAGAAGAGAGGACUCUCGGCUUGAGAGAUAGAUUGGCGGUAGGUGGCGGAUAGUUGGCGGACGAUACCGAUAAAUGGCGGCAGAUGGCGGUAGAUGGCCAUGGAGAUAUAUAAGUGGCGAGUGCGGGGUUGUUUGGAGCAGGCCGGGUAUAGUGUAUAGAUAUAUGGAUUGACACAGGGAAGGGCUGCAUGAAUGAUGGUAUUCCACAUAUAUCCCAAUCCCAACAGAGUGAUGUAGCGGGAUCAGAUAGUUCUUUAUAUCCCUCAAGCAUAUGGGUCUCAGAGUUUACCACCGUUACCACCG